AUUAUUCUCUCGGUAAACAUACCUCCCACUGGACAUAGCUCACACCGAGACAUAGUUACACCCUUUUAUUAUGAAUUUUGAUGAUGAGAAUUUGUUCCAAAAAAGUUACCUGGAAAGGAACACAAACAACUGGAAUUGUCACCUCAGUCCCCCAAAAUUGAAUAUUAUUGAAAAUGUGUACGUGAUUUAACGUAUGCUCGGAAACCAUCAAACCUGACUCAACUGAACAGGUGUCCAAUAAAUCUCAGUUGACUCCCUAAAGCACAGGUGUCAAACUCCAGGUCGGGGGGCCGCUUGUCUGUCAUGACCCUCACAAAAAUCUUUAUCAAAAUGUUUCUCAUGCGCAAUAAACGAAAGUUUUCUUUUCCAAGCCUCGAACUUUGAGUCGUCAAUGGCCGACAGCUGAUUGUUCUGCUUCUGGGAAAGAAAUCCUGUUCCUCUUGAGACAAACAUUUUACCGGGAGUUGUCUUAAUACUUCGUAGCAGCUGAGAGUUCCGUAAGUUUCAAGAGGUUAUCUUCAAGGCGGGACAACGGGGGGGAAUGUUUAUUCAUACAUAUUGUAAAAGCAAGCUGUUGCAAUAUGCUAGUAAAUAAGAUGAAUUGUGAAGAAAUUGUGUCAUGUUCUGCUGAGUCAUCGUCACGCAUGAGGGAGUCUGUUUGAUAAACUUGAUGUUGCUGCAAAAUUAAACUAAGCUUUAAGAGAAGUGAAACCGUUAUAGCGGGACUACAAGAAGAGAAGGAAGCAGGAGCCGUUGAGUAGACUUGUGAAAGAUCGGCUGCCAUCAUGGGCGAGUGGUCCAUCUUAUCAGAGCUGUUGGACAAGGUCGAAUCGCAUUCGACUAUAUUUGGCAAGGUCUGGAUGAGCGUUUUGUUCGUCUUCAGAAUCUUCAUUCUAGCAGCUGGAGUAGACAGAAUAUGGGGAGAUGAACAAGCAAAUAUGGACUGUAACACCCAGAGCCCCGGCUGCAAGAAUGCUUGCUAUGAUAAGUCCUUCCCCAUAUCUCACACACGUUUCUGGGUGCUCCAAAUCCUAACCGUCUCAACACCUACAUUCAUCUAUCUGGGUCACGUCCUGCUUGUUAUUCGCAAAGAGAAUAAGAUCAGGCGACACAAUCGUGACCCCAACAGGAUAAUCAAAUCUCCCAAAUAUUCGGAUGAAAAUGGCAAGGUGAAGCUUAAAGGCUUCCUGUUGGUCAGCUACAUGAUGCAGCUUGUGUUCAAGAUCUUGCUGGAGGUGGGCUUCAUCGUGGGCCAGUACUUCAUCUACGGUUCCAUUCUCAUACCUGAUAAGAUUACGUUCCAAGGCGGAAGUUGUCGGACUGACACAAACUGCUUCAUUAGCCGUCCGACUGAAAAAAAUGUGUUCAUCAUUUUUAUGUUGGUGAUGGCUGUCAUCUCUGUACUGCUCAACAUUGCUGAAAUGUUUCAUUUGAUGAUAUUGAAGAUCAAGCAAAGAUGAAAGAGGAGCAUUGGCUCAUUUCUUCGUCAAUAAAUUUGCCCAAUGUUUAGAAAUCCAAACAAAUAAUCCGGCUUCCAUUGAGGUCCAAAACUAUAACGUGAAAGAUUGAAAUUUUACCUGAUAAUGUAUGACGCACUAUUUUGAGAUGAUAAUGAGAUGCCCUAUGCAGGUCACAACACAAAUACAGCCCUGCACUUUUAUUAUUCCUGUGCUCUCGUUUAUACAAUGUUAUUUUUGUGUGUGACAUUUUUCUAAAUUCUUGAGCUGUGAUGGAAGUGCAAAAUUGUUGCCUGCUAGUCUUGUUGCCAUGUUAUGUAUUGUAUGACAACUACUUGUUGUUGUUUUUUAUACUUUCUGUACAUCUGCAAAUGAACCGCAAAUAAACUAAAGUACAAUAUGAA